AUGGCUCCAGAGUACGCGAUGAGAGGUCAUUUGACGGAUAAAGUUGAUGUAUACAGCUUUGGUAUUGUAGCUCUAGAGAUUGUUCAUGGAAGAAGCAACAAGAUAAACCAAUCUGCAUCCAAUUACAACACUCCCUACGUUAUUGACUGGGUGACAAUCUUGAGGGAGCAGAACAAUCUGUUGGAGCUGGUGGAUCCGAGACUAGGAUCAGAUUACAAUAGAGAAGAAGCAUUGACCAUGCUUCAAGUGGUGAUACUGUGUACAAUUCCUGAUCCGAGUGAUAGGCCAUUGAUGUCUGAAGUGGUGAAGAUGCUGGAAGGUAAGAAGAUGGUGGAGUUGGAGAAACUUGAAGAAGCUUCAGAGUAUAAAGAGACAAAGAGACUUGAGAACAUGAACACUAUGAAGAAGUAUUAUGAAAUGAUAGGGAGCGAGACUAGCAUGACCAUGACCAUGACCUUGACUGAUCAAACUACCUCGUCAAAGCAUUAA